AUGAAGCCAGCAGAGAUCAGAUUCUCUCUACAGAGACCUCUACAGCACAGAGAUCCAGCCAUGGCACCUACAAUCACUGCAGCAAUGACCAAUUCUCAGGAGCAUCUCACUCUGACCCACAAGCUCAGAAAGCCUCUGGUGGAGAAGUUACGCAGAGAGCGAAUCAACAGCAGCAUCGAGCAGCUCAAGUCUCUCCUGGGUCCAGACUUCCUCAAACAGCAGCCAGACUCCAAGCUGGAGAAAGCAGACAUCCUGGAGAUGACAGUUUGUGUCCUGAGACGACUGCAGCAGCAGCAUCAACAGCAGAGAAGACUGCUGAACCACGUCAACAAGCUGCAGUCUUCCUCUGACAACAACCUGACAGAGGCUGACUUCUCUCCUCUGAGCUCCACAGUCCACACCAGCAUCACCAAAGACAAGAGUCCAGACAACAGCUCCCUCUGGAGGCCGUGGUAGACACCAACUCACUGGAGUUACUGCCACACAAACUCUCAUGACCACAUUGGUCAAAGAUUACUGGACUGAAUCCUUUGAAAUUUGAUGGACUUGUUCUUCUGUAUGUACAGAAGGCUGUAUUUUGUGUAUUGAGUUUGUUCAAGAUGACAUUUCCUGAGGAAAUGACAGCAACAAUAUCUUUCAAGUUGAGAAAGAGAACAUCUUGUCAUGCAUGUUACAUGAACAACAUCUGAUUGCAUCAGCAAUUAUUAUCAUACCUCACUGUACUUCAUGUGUUGGUAGUAUAUGCUAUGAUAACAUUUGUUAUCUUUUGAUUGUUAUUGAUCACAUUGAUCAGAAAACUUUAACUGUCCUUUUUAUGGACAUAUUGUCAUAAUGAAAACUGAUCUGUUGUAAGAUCCAAAUGUUUAUACUUUUUCUAAAGGUUUUGCUUAAUGUCACAAUUUUAUUGAUUUAUCAAUAGAAUGAGCAAUUGGUCAGUACUGGCCAGCUUUAAGUCCUGUUCAUUUCCUGUAUCAAGUUUGAUUCAGUAACAGGAAAUUGCAAAUCUUAGCUACCUUCUAGUAGCAUCAUUUCUUUUUUUGAUUAGCUUUUUACUUUGUAAAAGUUUAUUGAUCCAUGUUGGGUCUUGAAGUGUUCUGUUCUAUCAUCAACAUGUUUUGUUGUGUCAACAGUACAAAUUAAUAUUUGAACAUUAUUUCCUCUUAGUGUAAGAGAGUUGAAUCACCUUGUUUAGGUUGUGCUAAACGAUUCCCCGCCUUUUGUAAAGACACUGAAGUUGUUCACUUUACUCUACUUGAGUACAUUGUCUUGGACUCCAAGCAUUGACUGUGAUGGAUCAUCACCACUACUGCCUCAAUUAUGAGGCCAAUUUAUUCUUU